UUUUUUUGCAAAAAUUGCUACUCAGUAUUUAGCUUUUGAAAAAUGUGUUUAAAAAUUAAGUAGUUGCUAUUUUCACUGAUAAGAUAAAUUUUACAUCCGUUGAGAGCGAUUGUCAUAUUAUAUUUUUCCUUGCACGAAACAUGACUACCUAUCAGAAAUAUUUAAAUUUAAUCCAACAAUUUACUAAGGACGAUGUGAUACAAUGUUUCAAAACAAAUGGAUACGGCGAAUUCGAGGAGAUUUUAAUUCAAAUGGAAAUUAUCGACGGGGAAAAACUUUUGAGAUUAACUGAAUUAGAUGUGAUUAAAUGGAAAUUAGAAGCAGCGUCAAAAAGAAAACUGUGGUCAUUUGUGGCAAAACUGAAAGAAAAUCCUGAAAACUACCUUCAACUCCCCCAAGAGAAACCAAAACCACCAAACUUAAUCAGACGACAAAGUAUUAUGACUGAAAAACCUGAUUUCAAGGAAAGAUUAGAACAAGUAAUUUUGAUUAAUGCACCCAGCGAACCCCAAAAACCACCCAUCUCACCACGGAAACCAACCAUAGAUGAAGUGACUGAAGAAAAUGAGACUGUUGCAACAAAUCUGAACGAAAAAACUGAUCAAGAAUGUCGACAAUUGCCAACACCACCCAAAGAAACCUUAAACGAACCUGAAUUUUAUGAACAAAUAGAAAACGAAGAGUGUCCAAAACCACCCGAGGAACUGGUUACAAAAAUGAAAGAAGAAGAACCCCAAAUUUAUGACGAAGGUGGAUAUUUAAAACCUUCUGCACAAUUCAGAAGGACUCUUUCAGAAAGACCUCCAUUGGCUUUGCCAAGACAAAAUAUCAACGAACACAAUGCACAAAAAAGUGCAGAUAAACCACCUGCUCUCCUUCCACGAGUUACAGAAAACAAAUGGAAGAAACCAGACCAAACUGUAAUUUCGCAGAACCAAACAGAAGAAGACGUUGAAGAAGCCACCUACGAAGCUGUAGAAGAAUCCAAGGAGAAGACCACCACACAGAAACUACCAAAUUAUGAACCUGGUACCUUCGCAAAAAUCUUCGGUAGUAUAUUUAAAACAAACAAGAAAAAUCCCAGUGUGGAACCAACAACAAAGUCCUUAGAACGCCCAAGAAAGAAUUCAGAAUCGCCUAAACCUGAGAGAUCUUUACGAAACAGGCCGCUACCUGAGCUACCAAAACGAGAAUUGAAUGAAAACAACCCAAAAUCCACCCGGAAGACUUCUCUUUAUGUUGAAACCAAAGCUCCAGAGGAAGUGAUAUUGAGAUCAAAAUCAGAAAAUAAUCUACUAACUGAAGAAAAUGCAACUUAUGGAAAUGCUGAGGUGGAACCAAUAAAGCUUAAACCCGAAAGUUAUGAACAGUUUUGCCCCACAGACGACCCCAAAUUGCCACUACCACUGCCCCCAAACACUUUACCUAACAUUCCAUUAGAUCCAGCAGAACUAAGGGAAAAUAGCGAGAGCGAAGAGGAGGAAGGAGAAGAGUACGGAAACUACGUAUUCAACAUCAACGACGACCCCUUCUACCGAAACACCGACAGGAGAGGCGCCAGACAACUCCUGCAAGACCUCGAAGACGGUGCUUUCCUCUUCCGACCCAGUAGACGCUUUUUCCUCACAUUGUCGUUAAAAUACAAGGGGAAAUACUUCAAUCUGGGCUUUGAGAGACGGCUAAACAACAAAAUUUGUCUCAACACAGAAAACGAAAGUUUGUCUCCUGAAUUCGCAACGCUCGCUGAUUUCGUAGAGUAUUUUACUACAAAACAGUUGACGUUUCAACAUCAAGGCCAAAUUGUGGGUCUCUACUUGAAAAAAAUCCUACCACGAGAACUGUUUUAGUGCUUACGAAUAAUUUAAUAGUUUUUUAUCGUUUUGUAAUGAAAUAUUGCUUUCAAUAAACUCAAAGCAUUUUUAGUGUA